GGCGGAGGACAUUGUGCGUAAAAUUGCAGCUACCAGAAAGCUCAAGCGGCACCAAUUAAGCAAUAUCCAUUGCAAUUAGUCACCGGGCCAUAAGGAUAAGCGAGUAGUCAGUACCCGUUACCAGAAUGUGGAAGGCAAGUGCCGGUCACCAGAUACAGGCCUCCAGUGCCGCCUCCGCGGAGGACGAUGACUGGGAGACGGAUCCGGACUUCGUGAACGAUGUCAGCGAGCAGGAGCAGCGCUGGGGAUCGAAGACCAUUGACGGCAGCGGCCGCACCGCCGGCACUAUAGACAUGGACAAGCUGCGCGAGGAGACGGAGCAGGCCGAUCUGGACAAGAAGAAGCAGCUGCUGAAGGACCAGAACGCGGGAUACGGCUACGGCGGCAAGUUCGGCGUGGAAAAGGACCGUAUGGACAAGUCGGCCGUGGGCCACGACUACCAGGGCAAGGUAGUCAAGCACGCCUCGCAGAAGGACUACAGCGAUGGCUUCGGAGGAAAGUUCGGAGUGCAGGAGGAUCGCAAGGACAAGUCAGCCGUGGGCUGGGACCACAUCGAGAAGGUGGAGAAGCACGCCUCGCAGAAGGACUACGCCACUGGAUUUGGAGGCAAGUUCGGCGUGCAGUCGGAUCGAGUGGACAAAUCGGCGGUGGGCUGGGAUCACAUCGAGAAGGUGGAGAAGCACGAGUCCCAGAAGGAUUACUCCAAGGGCUUCGGCGGCAAGUUUGGCGUACAGGAGGAUCGCAAGGACAAGUCCGCCGUGGGCUGGGACCACAUUGAGGCUCCGCAGAAGCAUGCCAGUCAGGCCGACCACAAGGUUAAGCCCGUGAUAGAAGGAGCCAAGCCAUCUAAUCUGCGCGCAAAGUUUGAGAACCUGGCCAAGAACUCCGAGGAGGAGUCGCGUAAGCGGGCAGAGGAGCAGAAGCGCCUCCGCGAGGCCAAGGACAAGCGGGAUCGCGAGGAAGCCGCCAAGAAGACAGUGGCUGAGAACACACCGCGCACCUCGACGGACACGCCACCGCCAAAGGGUAGCAGGGCGGCCAUUCAGACAGGUCGGACAGGAGGCAUUGGCAACGCCAUCAGUGCAUUCAACCAGAUGCAGUCGCCUGUAUCGGAGACGCCACCGGCACGCAAGGAACCCAUCGUCAUUCCCAAGGCACAGCCUGUUAAAGUAGAAGCAAAGGAAGAGCCAGCGGUAACUCCAAUUCCAGCGGCGGUUGUUGCUGCACCUGCUCCUGCAGUUGUCCCUGCUCCUGAGCCAGAGGCAAAUCCAGUGCCUAAGGUUGCAGCUCCGCCACCGGAUGUAGUUCCCCAGAUUGAAGUGGAAACCGUGGACACGCCUCCCAGAAGCGAGCCGCCAUCUCCAGUGCAUGAGCCAACACCCCAAGUCCAACCACAGCCCCAACCGCAAGCCAAUCCUGAGCCAGUAGUCGAAGAGGAGCCGCUGUACCAAAACCAGGCCGAGAUUAAGGCCGCCUCCCCGCUGCCGGCCACGAAUGGAGCAGCUUCCGAGGCAGUCGCUCCGAGUGCCGCAGCAAACGGGUCCCAGGAGGCCAUCUAUGCCAACUCUGACAAUCUGGCCGACUACCUGGAGGACACCGGCAUCCAUGCUAUUGCCCUGUACGAUUACCAGGCGGCGGACGACGACGAGAUAUCCUUUGAUCCGGAUGACGUGAUCACCCACAUCGAAAAGAUCGACGAUGGCUGGUGGCGUGGAUUGUGCAAGAAUCGAUAUGGACUCUUCCCUGCCAACUACGUGCAGGUGGUGGGACAGAAUUCUUAAAUGCUUCCAAUUGAAAUUCGCGAUAGAACAAAAUCAAAUUGUAUUACUAACGAAAACUAUAAUACUGAUGUUGGAUUAUAAAACCGUUUCGCUACUAACCUAUUAAUUUCGCGUGCCCCUUCCCCAUCCAUUGUUUCCCCUCUUCUCCCUCCAAAUUAUGUGCAACGAAAAGCUAGAGUUUGAAAUUAUUAUUGUAACUUGUUAUGCUAGCAUUUUAACCAAUCGAGGUAUUCCAUAUUUUAUAUAUCAUUUACUGCAUUUUACAUUCUUUGUAUUUAACACGUGUAUUUGCCAAGAAAAUAUGCCAAGCUAUUUAUGUUUCACUUGAGCAAUUUGUGGGCAAAACGUACAUAAUGCUCAAUUCACAUUUUAUACUUUAGUUAUGAAGUUUAAUGUGUCAAGUAACGAUUUUGCUCUAUUUAAAUUGUAUAAAGUCUACGAGAGUUUCCCGCGUCAUGUGAGAUCUAAUGUUGAAGACAGUCACAACAAAAAGUCUGCUCUUUUGAUAAAGAAAUACAUAAUUAAUAAAGUUAAUUAAAAACUCAUUAA